UUUGUUCUGCAAAUUGGUUAAACAAACAAAAAAAAAUUAUUUUCAUAUAACUCCAGUCUAGUCCUUAAUUUACUUCUUGUUGAACUGCGGAGUUUGAAAGGGUUUCAGCUGGCUAGGACAUUCUCAGAUAAUCCUUCAGGUCAUGUCGUCUCCAAAAUUUAUUAAGGUUGAGGACAAUGGUCAUUUAUAUUCUAUAGACCAUUUUAACGUUCCUCGCCAUUAUGAGGAUUCAAUUGGCUCAAUUCUUAUUCCACAUGGACUAAUCGCUGAUAGAAUUGAACGCAUGGCUCGUGAUAUCCAUGAAGGAUUUGAAGGAGAAUCCAUGAUCCUGCUCUGUAUAUUAAAAGGUGGUUUUCGGUUCAGCCAAGACCUAAUGAAUUAUAUAGGUGCCAUAAACUGCAAUUCUGGAAAAUCGUUUCAAAUUGGUUUAGAUUUCUUAAGGUUAAAAAGUUAUACAAAUGAAGAAAGUGGAGAGUUAAAAAUUAUGGGAGUUGAUGCUUUGGAAUCACUCAAAGGAAAGAAUGUUUUAAUUGUUGAGGAUAUAGUUGAUACUGGCAAUACUAUGCAACAACUGCUGAAAACACUAGAUGUGUACCAACCGAAAUCAGUUAAAGUUGCUAGUUUACUUCUAAAGAGAAGACCAGAUAGUACAGGGUAUAUACCAGAUUAUGUUGGUUUUGAAAUUCCAAACAAGUUUGUUAUUGGCUAUGCUUUGGACUAUAAUGAAUAUUUUCGUGAUUUAAAUCAUAUUUGUGUAAUCAAUGAUUUUGGCAAGAAAAAGUAUGCAAUUUAAUGUGUAUUACCCAGAAUUCAAUAGUUGACAACAAAAUGAAAUCAAAAAAAAUGUUAUUAUUGCUCAAAGAAUUUGAGCUUUAGAUAUAAUAUAUUUUGUAUUAUUUUUUUUAAUACUAGAAGAAUAAAUUUUUAAUAUUUUGUA